AUGGCAUUUCAAAUGGAGAGAACCCCCAGCGGCCACGAGUACAAGGUCAAGGAAAUUUGGCAGGCUGACUUUGGCCGCCUCGAGAUCGAGCUCGCGGAGGUCGAAAUGCCCAGCCUCAUGGCCUGCCGCUCUGAGUUCGGCCCCUCGCGGCCCCUCGAGGGCGCGAGAAUCAGUGGCUCUGUCCACAUGACCAUCCAGACUGCCGUCCUCAUCGAGACCCUCACUGCCCUCGGUGCCGAGGUCCGCUGGUGCUCGUGCAACAGCUUCUCCACCCAGGACCAUGCGGCAGCCGCCAUCGCCCGCGACUCUGCUGCUGUCUUCGCCUGGAAGGGUGAGACGCCUCAGGAGUAUUGGUGGUGCAUCGAGCAGGCCCUCGACUGGGGACCCAGCGGCGGCCCCGACCUCAUCGUUAACGACGGAGGCGACGCUACCCUCUUCAUCUGCGAGGGUGUCAAGGCAGAGGAGGCCUACGAGAGCACCGGGAAUCUCCCCGACCCGGCAUCCACCGACAACCUGGAGUUGCAGAUCGUGCUGACCAUAAUCAGGGAUGGGUUGGAGACCGACCCGAAGAGGUAUCGCAAGAUGAAGGAGAGACUCGUCGGAGUCUCCGAGGCAACCGCCACUGCUGUUGAGAGAUUGUCCCGGAUGCAGGCCAAUGGGACUCUCUUAUUCCCUGCUAUCAAUGUCAAUGAGUCCAUCACCAAAAGCAAGUUUCAAAAUUUGUGCGGUUGCCGCCCCACUGGGCCUGACGGUCUAAUGACGGCCACCGACCUAGAGAUCACUGGAAAAGUUGCUGUGGUCUGUGGAUAUGGAGACGUCGGCAAGGACCGUGCUGCUGCCCUCAAGAAGGCUGGUGCUCGUGUCACUAUCACCGAGGCCGAUCCCAUCCGCGCUCUCCAAGCUGUCCAUGAAGGUAUCCCGGUCCUAACCCUAGAGGAUGUUGUCUCCGAGGGCGACAUCUUUGCCGUCGCCGCUGGCAGCAGCAAGGGCAUCAUCAUGAUCGACCACAUGAGGAAGAUGAAGAACAAUGCCAUCAUCUGCAACAUCGGUCCCUUCGAUAAGGCGAUUGACAUGCCCGGCCUCGAGACCUUCCCGGGCAUGAAGCGCGUCACCACCAAUCCCCAGACGGACAGGUGGGUCUUCCCCAACACUGAGUCGGGCGUCAUUGUGCUGGCAGAGGGACGCCUCGUAAACUUGGGCCACCCUAGCUCGGUGAUGUCCUCCUGCUCCUUCGCGAACCAGGUGAUGGCGCAGCUAGAGCUGUGGAUGGAAAGGGACACUGGCAAGUAUGAGAAGAAGGUCUACGCCUUGCCCAAGCAUCUGGACGAGAAGGUGGCCAGUCUUCACCUCGGCAAGCUCGGCGCUAAGCUCACCAAGCUCAGCAAGGAGCACGCCGACUAG